GCCAGCCGUGGAGCUGUCCCCCAGGCAGGGGCAGACCCGAGGACGUCUGGGACAACGUGUGCAUUUCCUGCAGCACUUGGGGCGAUUUCUCAGGCAGGGCUCCCGCCCCUCCGUUUGUGUUACUGUGUAACAAAGCACCCCAAACUCAGUGGCAUCAACAUUUUAUUGUGUCCCCAAGCCCUGCGGUCAGGGCGCAGAUGGGGCCCCACCCGGCGGCUGGACUAGCUGUGUGAUGCCUGGCAGCUCUGGCGGGGACAGUGGCGUCUCCCACCCGCGUUCUGACGAGUGCGUGGGGAAAUGCAGGUGAGCUGCUCUGGGGCCAUCCUCACACAAAGCCAAGACCUGGGGCUGCAAGCACCCGAGGUGUGGUCUCUGCAGGUCUGAAGCCCAGAGGUCCUAACGCAGGUGAUUCAAGGCAGAGCUGUCUCCAGAGGCUGCAGGGGAGGGUCCUCCCUGGUCUCUCCAGCCUCCCGUCCUGGCCGAGGAUCCCAUCCUGUGGCUGCAUUCCUCCCACCCCUGCCUCCGUCCCUGCCCGGCCCCUUUAUCCACUCCCUGAACCUGGGCACUGUCCCCGGGGACAUACAGGGCACCCCGCAAUCCCAUCCCUGUGCACCUAGACCCUGCUGGGGAGGGCCCUGCUCCCGCCACUGCAGCCGGGGCCAUGAGGAGUCAGUCUGGCCCUGGGGGAUGAGCGCGUGGCGGCCCAGGGCCCAUCAGGCUCCCGGUUUACAAAAAACUGCAGCCAGUUUUAGGCGGACUCCUUGAAGGACAUUCCAAAGGGAAGCACUCUCCGUCCUGGGGGUGUGCAUGUCUGGGGGGCUGGCUCCACCCAAUAGGCCACAAAGGGAACCCACAGACCAAGGCGGGGGUACCCGGGCCUAAAGGGGCAGCGGGUGCCGAACCCGGGCCUGGGAGCUGGUGCUCAGAGACGCUUGGCAUCGGCGGAUCCAAGUCGUAUCCCGCACGACGGCGUCUAUGGCCCCUGAAGCCCGAGCUGGACAAUCUGGACUGCUGCUCAGCAAGGGUCGAGAGGGACGGUCGGGCUGCCCUCCAGAGGGACACCUGGGAGCCUCCUUGGCUGAAGAGGCCCGGGAGCCCAUCGGGCAGGCAGUCCCCCCGGGGGGUUCAAUGUACCACCUCAGAGACCGUCCCGGGUGGGGUGCCUCCACUCUGAGGCUGGUCAGGUGCUCUGAGGGGGCUGGGGCUCCACGGGACUGGGGUGCCCCCUGGAGCUCAAGGUGGGCUAGCCAGGGGCAGAGGGCACAGUGCAGGCAGCGCAGGGGGAACAGCGGCGGGACCAGGAACAGCGCAGCCGUGGGAAGAGGCCGGGUCACAGGAGGAGACUAUUUGGGGUUACUGGAAUCGGCCUCGUUCAAAGCCUGUGACACAGAGGCACAUAUGCCCCCCGAAGGCCCAUCUAGAGACAAGUGCACUACCUUUCCAGCGAUGGGUGGAGGCUGGAGGGCCGAUGAAUCCUCCCGCAAAAGACCCCGGGGAGCCUUGAAGGCUCGGGAAGCCGGGGACGCAGGGGGUCGACAGGCCGGAUGGAGACCGACGGCGGCCGCAUGCAAGCCGCCAGCUCAGAAAGAGUCUCGGGGUUGGGAUACCUCCGCCCGGAAGGCUCUCCGGUGGUUCUGGUGCGGGCCGAGAUCCACGGGCAGAGAGACAUCCGGCUCCCGCCGCACAGGCAGAGCGGAGGGAUCUGGGAGCCUUGCAAGACCUGACGGCGGCGUGCUGACCGUGGUACCCUCAAUGAGCGGCACCUGGGAGCCUGGUUUGCUGCAGAAACCCGGGCCUUCCAAACAUUUCGGGCGUGCAGUGUAGGGAUUCAGCACUUCCACACAUCACUCCGUGCUCCUCACGGUAAGUGUACGCCUAGUCCCCUGGACCUGGUUCACUCCUCCCGUCCCUCCUCCCCUCUGCUAAACACCAGUGCUCUGUA